AUGGGGAACGAUGGCGCCGGCAGUUCGAUCUCUGCUCUUUACGAGUCACUGUCCUCACAAUCCCUCAAUAAUCGGUCAGGCGUCGGUACCGUGUUGCAUCUGUAUCACUCGGCGCGCAUCGCUGCCCAACAGGCCUCUUGGUCUUCCCUCGCAGCUUACUUUCGCUCUCUCUACCGCAAUGACACCGUGAAUUGGGGGCAAGUAGCGUUCUUGACUACCUGCGUGAUUACAAUGGUCGGUUGUGGCUUGAUCUCGUCGCUCGUCUGGCGUGUACGGUCGCCGGAGAAGAGAAAAUCUUCGUUCCGCCCGCGCCUGGGGUCGAGCAAGCGCUCGACUAAGUCUUCCACCAAGACUCUCACAUCCUCGGACGAUGACUACGAAGAUGAUGACUAUGAUAGCACUGGAUCGUCGCGACAUGGUACUGAGCCUCAUCGCCAAGCAAUCGAGUGGUCCUCACAUCCUCAGCAGCAGACUUCCGAUGCAUUCAAGACGGAUCCCGGUAUCUUGAGGAAGUUCACCACCUUCGGUCCCUACACCACCUCCGUCGCGACAUACCCAGCCGUUCGCACAUUUUAUUCCCCGCACCCAAACCUCAAUCGCCUUCCUGAUAAGCCAUCUCCCGUUCCUCUGCUAGUGUUCAUCCACGGACUCGGCGGUUCUCUGGCCCAGUUUCACCACCUCCUUACAAGUCUUUCCAAUGUUGGGUCAUGCUUCGGCAUUGAUCUGCCGGGUUGCGGCCUUUCCAAGUUCGCGCCUACCGAUUGGAACGCAUACACCGUGGAGGCCUUGGCCGAGUUGAUUGCUGUCGCGAUUGAGAGACACCGUGAUCGAGAUCGUGGUCAAGGCGUGAUUCUGGUAGGCCACAGCUUAGGAUGUUCCCUGUCAGCUCUGCUCGCAUCGUCCGCCUCUCCCAUCGGAGAGAGCCUGAAAGAACAUAUCCUUGGCAUGAUUGCGGUCUGUCCUCGCGCAAUGCCUCCAUCAGCGAACGAAGUUGCAACAUUCCGCCGCCUACUCUCCAUCCCCGAGCCGAUCUUUGACUUGUGGCGUCUUUGGGAUCGUCGCGGCGGUGCUCAAAGCACAAGUGUGUCGCGAAUGGUUGGCAGCGAUGCAGAUGAUGAGACGCGAGAUCUCCAGCUCCGUUAUAACAAGCAUAGUCGGACACCAGUCUGGCGUCGUAUGGCGUGGGGCACCCUUCCUGAUUACCAGAACGGUGAACCUGUCGGAGGUAUGCCUGGAGAGAAGGUCUGGUCUGCCAUUCACAUGCCCAUCCUCUUGAUUGCAGGCGAGGCGGAUGCCGUGACCAAACCGGUGGAGAUCCAGAAACUCCUCCAGUUCUUCGGGGAUGUCUCCGCUCAUACCACCAUUGACACUCGCAGAAGCAGCAUUAUCCCCGAUGCCUCACGAGUUCACGAUCAGGAAUCAACUUCUUCCACUGGUCUUGCUGAUGAGGAGAAUGUUGUCAUCCAGCCUGCUGAAAGCGAGAAGCUAAUCGGCCGGGCAAAUCACAAUGGCGCUGGCCGCAAGCGACUCGUCAAAUCGGCCAUCUUGCCCGCACCUGCAUCCCAUGCUCUUCUCUACGACCGAGCAACAUAUCGCACACUUUCGGGCAUUAUCCAAGACUUCUUGUCCCAGCAUAUUGACAAGCGCCUGGGCCUGGGGUGGCAGCUUCAAUACAUGAACACGUCAGGAAAAUGGGACGUGAAGAACCUUGCCAAGUGGCAGAAGGUUGCACCCGUUUCCAAACCGAUUGCGAACACCUUUGCCGCGCUGAAGAUGCUCCGAGAGGUCGACGAAGAGCACAAUCCGGUGCUUUUCUCCCAGAAAUACCGCGGCAGCAUCUAUGCUGUCAUUGACAUCAGCCAUGAGAGCCCGGUCUACAAUCCGGCUACCAUGGAAAAGGGUGGCAUCCACUACAACAAGCAUCCGACUGUGUCCAAGCUCCCCCCAACCCCCGAUGAGACCCGUGACUUUAUCGCGCUGGUUGAUCGGCUUCAGAGGGAGAUCGACGAUCAGAUGGAGAAGCGUGAGGACACCACCUUGCCCCGGCCACUGAUCGGCGUCCACUGCCACUAUGGAUACAAUCGCACCGGUUUCCUGAUCGUGUGCUACCUCAUCGAGCGCCUUGGCUUUGGCGUCCAAGAUGCCAUCGAUGAGUUCAAUCGGUGCCGACCACCUGGAAUUCGGCACGGGCAUUUCAUUGAUACACUCUUUGUUCGAUACUGUGUCGGGCUGAAGAGGGCACCAACCCUGUGA